AUGGGGAAGAGGGAUUUGGGCGACAUAGUGCUCUCCUGGUCUGUCGAUGAUGUCAUGGACGACGACCUCUACAGAGGGAAGGUUGAGAACAUUCCUAGCAGCUUUAUGUCUAUAGAUCACUACUUCAAAUCAUAUGCCGCACCACUGCUUGAAGAAACAAGGUCAGAUCUAUGCUCUUGUCUUGAGCUCAUAUCAGAAGCACCUACUUCUAGGAUACUGUCUAUGGAGACAGGGGGAAAAUCAGGAUCGUAUUUUAUGGAUGUGGACUUCUGGGAUAACGGAGCUGGUUUUUCUUCUGAGGCUUAUACAGCUCGGAAUGGUGAUAUAUUUGUUUUAUCUAGCAUGAGACCAGAAAAUGCAGGGGACUUGAACCGCUAUGGUGUGACAUAUUGUCUGGCUAUGGUUACUGAGGUUUCUAUGGAUGAUGAAUACCAGAAGGGUUUCCGAGUUAAAGUUGCUAAGAAUAUUGCUUCAGAACAAGGCAUAGACAAACUUAGACAUGCAAUAUUUCUUAAUAAUAUUAUGACAAACUUACGGAUAUGAAAAGCAAUUUCCUUUGAUAUGGGUAUGAACAACAAUUUCGAAGUAAUCAAGCCACUCUUUGCCCCCACAUAUAUGGGUGAUGAUGUCUGUAAUGUCUGUGUCAAACAUGAAGGGCACUGUUUGGCUCUAUUUACAGAGCAAUUACGAUCAAUUAAUCUUAAUCAAUCACAAUUGGAUGCUAUUGAAUCUGUCAUCUCAGCUGUGCAGUUCAGGCAUUUAAAUCUCAUGAAACUUAUAUGGGGUCCACCAGGUACCGGAAAGACCAAGACGGUUAGUGCUAUGCUUUGGGCUUUGGCAUAUUUGAAACGCAGAACUCUUACAUGUGCACCCACAAAUGUUGCCAUUGUUGGAGUUUGUACCCGAUUCCUGCAUAUUUUUAGGGAUUUUAACAAGAAUUACAUAGAAAACUGCCUACCUCUUUCUCUUGGAGAUGUUUUAUUAUUCGGAUACAAGUGUAGAAUGGAUAUCACCGAGGAGCUUCAAGAUGUUUUCUUAGAUUGUCGGGUUGAUGAACUUGUUGAAUGCUUUUCAUCAUUAACUGGGUGGAGGUACAGAAUAGCUUCAAUGAUAUCCUUUUUUGAGGAUUGCGGUUCUCAGUAUGAUAUGCUUCUUGAGGAUGAUGGAAGAAGUGAACCUAUGUGCUUUCUGGACUUUAUAAAGAAGCAAUUUGAUACAACAGCCACAGCUUUGAAGAAAUGCAUAAUGAAUUUAUUGAUUCAUCUUCCCAGAAGGUGCUUUUCACGUGAUAGUGCCAAAAAUAUAUCCAUGCUGUUGGAUUUACUGGAAAAAGUUGAAGUCUUUUUAUGUAAUGAAGCUUUAACUGAUGAUGGUGUGAAACGGGGCUUUGGUUUUUUGUCUGUUCAGAUCUCUGCUUGUCCAGAGUCUACGUCUGUUGUUGAGAAGGAACUGAAUAACGCAAAUUCUUAUCGGUUGCAUCACAUGGAAAUUGAACCUCUUGAUGUGUUAAUUGUGGAUGAGGCUGCACAGGUGAGGGAAUGUGAAUUGGUUAUUCCACUUCGUCUGCAUUGGCUGAAACAUGUUGUUUUAGUAGGAGAUGACUGCCAGCUGAGGCCAAUGGUCAAAAGCCAAGUAUGCAAAGAUGCUGGUUUUGGAAUUAGUCUUUUUGAGAGAUUGGUUACUCUGGAUUUUGAAAAGCAUUUGCUGAACAUACAAUAUCGCAUGGAUCCUUGUAUCAGCUUGUUUCCAAAUGCUCGGUUCUAUGCGAGGAAGAUUUUAGAUGGUCCAAAUGUCACAUCUUCUGUCUAUAACAAAGAUUAUAGAAACCUCCUGUUUGCUAGCUAUGCUUUUAUAGACAUCACUGAUGGAAGGGAAGAAAAGGAAGGCACUAGAAACAGUUGGCGAAACAUGGUGGAAGUUGCUGUUGUUUUGCAUUUGAUCCAGUCAAUUUUUAAAACUUGGAAGAAGACUGGACAAGCGCUCAGCAUUGGUGUGAUCUCUCCAUAUAGUUCACAAGUUGAUGCAAUAGAAGGCAGACUUGGCAAACGGUAUGAUUUGUGCGAUGGCUUUCAUGUGCGGGUCAAAUCUGUUGAUGGUUUCCAAGGAGAAGAAGAUGAUAUAAUCAUACUAUCAACAGUUAGGUCCAAUGUGAAAGGCACUGUUGGAUUUCUUGCUGAUGAACAAAGAAAAAAUGUUGCUCUUACUAGAGCAAGGCACUGCCUUUGGAUUCUCGGCAAUUCUAAAACACUGUAUAGAAGUGGUACAGUAUGGAGAGAUCUUAUUGCUGAUGCUCAAAGACGCAAAUGUAUUAUAAAUGCUACUAAUGAUGAAGCAAUUUGUAAGUUGGUUUUGAAAGUCAAGAAUGAGCUUGAUGAACUUGAUGAUUUACUUAAUGCUGAUUCAGCAGUUUUCAGCAAUACUAGAUGGAAAGUAAGUGUAGUGUACUGUUUUCUUAGCUUGGUUAUUUUCAGUGACGAAUUUAAGAAGUCAUUUGCGAAGCUAAAAUCACCUCAGCUUAGGAGGGAAGUGCUCCAAAAGCUUGUCAAACUUGGUGUUGGUUGGAGAACAAUGAGGAAUUUGGAUGUAUUUGAUGCUUACCAGCUUGCAAAAGUAUACAAAGUCAGGGACCUUUAUCUUGUUUGGAGUACUGAUAUCGAGAAAAGUGAAAUGUAUGUUCAGAUUAUAAGAAUUUGGGACCUGCUGUCUCACCAGAACAUUGCAAGAACUAUUCAACGUCUUGAAAAUCUGUUUUCAUUGUACACAAAUGAGUACAUUGAUCACUGCAGAAGAGUAAAGACAGAUUGGAAACUGGCAGUACCUGUGACUUGGGAUGCUGAGCAGGAUAUUAUUCGUUAUAAAAAGUAUCAGGAAGUUGAUGCUCAAGAAGACCAUGACCAUAUGGAUCUAUCAUAUGCUAUGGAGAAUUCAAAAGUCAGUGAAAGCUUCUUGCUUAUGAAGUUCUACUCUCUAUCAUCUGGUGUGGCAAAACAUUUGCUAACAGCUACAGAUGGAUCUGAAAUUGAUAUCCCCUUUGAACUGACUGAUGAAGAGCAGGCAAUUAUUAGAUUCCCACUCAGUAGCUUUGUACUUGGCAGAUCAGGCACUGGUAAAACAACUGUGCUGACAAUGAAGCUGAUUCAGAUUGAGCAACAGUCUUUGAUUGCAUCACAGGGGCUAAAUUUGGACGAUGCUGAUAUCUGUGAUGCUGAGAACAAACGUAGUACACCACCGAAGGAUUCAAGUAAAGUAGAAACAUCUUUAAAGCAAGUGUUUAUCACUGUUAGCCCAAAGCUAUGCUCAGCCAUAAGGAAUCAGAUUUGUAAGCUUAAAAGAUAUGGCUCUGGUGAUGUUUCUGAUCGGUCUAGCAUUCUUCAUAUGCCUGACAUGGUUGAUGACCCUGAAGACUUUACAGAUAUACCCGAUAGUUUCAGUGGUCUUCCUUGCGAACACUAUCCUCUGACUAUUACAUUUUGGAAAUUUUUGAUGAUGGUGGAUGGAACAUGCCAAACUUCAUUCUUUGAUGCCUUCUAUGGUGAAUUAAAGUCUUGCACGGAGAAAGGGUAUUCAAAAUCUCGUGCACUGCAAGUUUUUAUUGAGAUGAAGGAAGUUACUUAUGAGAAAUUUGCUGCUUCCUAUUGGCCGCAUUUUAAUGCUGAACUGACCAAGAAACUUGAUGCAUCCACCGUCUUCACCGAAAUAAUCUCUCAUAUAAAGGCAGGGUACCAACCAACGAGAUCUUUUGGUGGCAAACUUGAAAGGCUUGAUUAUUUGAAGAUUUCUGAUAAAAGAUUUUCAUCUCUGAAUAUUGAGAUGAGAGAGAGGAUUUAUGAUAUUUUUCUUGAUUAUGAGAGAGCGAAAUGCUCUGCCAGAGAAUUUGAUUUGUCUGAUUUUGUCAAUAGUCUUCAUUGCAGUCUUCUUUCUGAGGGCUACAAUGGUGAUAUGGUGGAUUUUAUAUACAUAGAUGAGGUGCAAGAUCUUACAAUGACGCAGAUAGCACUUCUUAAAUAUGUCUGCAGGAACUUUAAGGAGGGGUUUGUUUUUGCUGGUGACACUGCACAGACCAUAGCAAGGGGUAUUGAUUUCAGGUUUGAAGAUAUUCGCUCGCUCUUCUAUACCCAUUUCCUCUCAGAAAUUGAACCAUGUGGUAUAGGAAUUAGUCAUGGAAAACAAGUUCGCAUAACAGAUAUGUUCCAGCUUACCCAAAAUUUCCGUACACACUGUGGAAUCCUUCGUCUGGCUCAAAGUAUCAUGAGCCUUCUGUACUAUUUUUUCCCAUCAUGUGUUGACAAGCUUAAUCCAGAGAUUGGGCUUGUAUACGGGGAAGCUCCUGUGCUACUUGAGUCUGGAAAUGAUGAGAAUGCAAUUAUGACUAUCUUUGGAGAAAGCAAAAGUAAUCGCAACUUGCAUGGGUUUGGUGCUGAACAAGAUCUAGUUCGUGAUGAUGCUACUAAGAAACAAAUAAUUGACCUUGUUGGUAAACAAGCUCUUGUUUUGACAAUUGUUGAAUGUAAGGGCCUUGAGUUCCAGGACGUGCUGCUGUACAACCUUUUCAGUUCAUCACCUUUAAGAAAUAAGUGGAGAGUUGUGUAUGACUACAUGAAAGGGAAACACAUCAUAGCAUCGUCUGACGAAAUAUCACAUUCUUUUUUCGACAAAAACAAGCAUUUUCUUCUCUGUUCAGAGUUGAAGCAGCUCUAUGUUGCAAUUACACGGACUAGGCAAAGGUUGUGGAUAUGUGAGAAUACAGAUGAUAACUGCCGACCAAUGUUUGACUACUGGAAGAAGUUGUGCCUUGUUGAAGUUAGACUACUUGAUUCUUCACUCAUUGCAGCAAUGCAGGCAGGAAGCAGCACGGAAGAAGAUUGGAGGCUACGGGGUACCAAGUUAUUCACUGAAGGGCAAUAUGAGAUGGCUAUGAUGUGCUUUGAAAAGGCUGGGGAUGCAUAUAGAGAAAAGUUGGCAAGAGCUGCUGGACUUGUAGCAACUGCUGACCGUGUCAUCUCUAUGAACUCUGAGAUGGGCCAGUCUUCAUUGCAAAAAGCUUCAGAAAUCUUUGAGUCUAUUGGCAAGUAUGAGAAAGCUGCCACUUGCCAUAUGAAAUUAGGCGACUACAAAAAAGCAGGAAUGGUUUAUAUGGAAAAAUGUGGUAAUUCUAUGCUCAAGGAUGCUGGGAACUGCUUCGAACUGAGUGCUUGCUGGUCACAGGCAGCUGAGGCAUACUUUAGAGCUAAAUGUUACACCAAGUGUUUGUCAAUGUGUUCCAAAGGAAAACUGUUCAAUCAAGGUCUUUUGUUCUUGCAACAGUUGGAGGAGGGACAUUUUCUUGAAAAUUCCAAUUUCAGAGAGGUGGCUGCCAUUAGAAACACAUAUCUGGAAGAUUGUGCACUACAUUAUUUUGAGUGCGGAGACAUAAAGCACAUGAUGCCAUUUGUUAAGUCUUUCAGCUCUAUGAAUCAUGUCCGUGCAUUCUUGCAUUCUAAGAAUCUUUUGGAUGAACUGCUGAGUUUAGAGAUGGAUAUGGGUAAUUUUGUUGAAGCUGCAGGGAUAGCAAAGGAUACAGGGAAUGUCUUAUUGGAGGCAAACAUGCUCGAAAAGGCAGGUUUUAUUGAGAACGCAACACAGCUUAUACUCCUCUAUGUGUUUGUGAAUUCUCUCUGGGGCUCGCAUAGAACAGGGUGGCCUCCAAAAGGAUUUACGGGGAAGGAGCAAUUGCUCGCAAAAGCCAAAGAAAUGUCAAUGAAGGUGUCAGAGUCAUUCUAUUCCCUUGUUUGCCUGGAAGCAGAUGCCCUUUCAGAUGAUUACAAGUCUCUUGCCAGCAUAACUUGCAAAUUGCUUGAGCGCAGUAAAUGUAGAAACAUGGUAGUUGAGCUUAUAGCUUCUCGCUUGAUUCUUGAUGUUCAUCUUCAGUCUGAAUCCUCUAACUACAGCUUUGAAUCAGAGCCAGGAUCUAAAGAUGAAGUGCAUUAUAAUUGUAUGCUAGUUCGUAAUCAUAUAUCACCUGAAACUCUAGUGUAUGCUUGGAAUUCCUGGAGUUCAAUUAUAAUCAAAGUGCUCACGCAUCUUCAUCAUCCUGAGGACAUAGAAUCCAAUGAUUCCGCAGCAAUCUGCGAAGAUCUUUGUGGGAGAAAUAAUCUGCAGCAAGAAGGCAGGAGAUGUUGGCUGAAUGUUCUCCAUUGUCAUUCUUGUGGUAAGGAUUUCUGGAUCAAUGAACUUUAUUCUGUUGGUUUUAGUGUACUCAAGAAGUUGGAAUCUAUUGUCCAAGUUUUGCCAACUCCAUCAUGUGCCCUUGGACGAACUAUUCUAAUUAUGUACGAAAUUACAAAGUUUCUGAGGGAAUCAGAGUUUCGUUUGCUAAAAAAUAUUGAAAAGUUCAACAAUUUUAUUAAACGUUGAUUCUUCACGCUGGUUUUCGUUGACGGGACAAACGAGACACCACCAAAGAGUCUCUUGCAUAUACUUGACUCACCUACUACAUACAGUUUGCUCGGUGAUAUCAUUAGUUCAAGGAACAAGAAAUUGACUCAUGAUCAUGUUGUUAGAAUAGCCAUGCUUCUGCUCCAUGCAGAAAGGUUGGAUGAUUUGCUGAUUUCACAGCUUCUGCAAUGUCUGGUCAGAGAUUCUGAUUGGGCAACUUUUUUUCAGUCCUUGAAAAAUUUUCUUGACAGUGGUGUUGGCAGAUGUCAGUUAGUGUCGAACUUUAAGCUUGGUCUUGAAUGUACAUCUAACACAGACUGGAGGGCUAAACACUACAUAUUCCCGAUUUGCUAUGUAGAUCUCGUCGAGUGCCUUUGCUUUUUCUCUACCUCUUGUCUUCUACUGAAGGACUAUAUGUUGAGCACAAAAUCUCUGUUGGUCAAGAUGCUAAACUGUCGCACUACCAAGAUUUAUUUUGAUACAUGUCUGGUUCCUGGCAGUGAUCUCGAUCUGGACAAUGUAGGUUAUUCAGCACGGCGUUUCUUAUAUCAGACAGUCAGAUAUCUUUUGGAAAACAAGUGUAUGAUUGAACAGUGGGUUCGGAAUACAUCUACUCAAACUAAUAUCGUGCUGAGAUUAGUUAUUACACUUUAUCUCGUGACACUAACUGAUUACCCUGAAGAUUGUUAUGAGGUCACAAAUUUCCUGUGGUUACGUGGAAUUUUUGAGGUUUUACCUCGUGAUUUCUCAGCAAAGAUUGUAACUGCUUUGAAGAUGAGGUAUCCCACUAAGAACUUCAUAAGGGUAUUUGCUGAUGCACUAGCUGCGAUUGGAAAUCACAUGGUAGUUAUGGGUGAUAUUCAAAAAGUUUGGACACUUAAAGGCCAGCCAAUCUCUAGAGACUUAAAUGCUUAUAUGAUUAGCAUCGUGGAUUUGAGUGAUGCUGAAAAGGUAAUGACACUUCUUUCCCUAGAGAAGUCAAGUGUUUUAAAGCAGGAAUCUCAGCGGCCAGAUAACAGAUCAGAUGGUAACAAUGUCUGGAACAUUAGUUCUGGUAACUUUCCUAUGACUAGUUCAGGAGAUAUCAAGGAGAGUACAGGUGAAGUAAAUUUAAGUGAUGAAAAUCAUACUUUGUUGGAUAAGUUGGAGGCUUUUCAAGUCAAUUUGUCUAAACAGAAAGAUGCAAGGGUUAUAUCUCAAUUCCAUGGAAGUAUCAUUUCCUGGCUAGAGGCACAGAUGGCACCUGCACAAAUCUUCGAGUUGAAACAACUAUACUAUCAAGUCAAACCGUCUUUUGGGGAGGAGAGAGCGAAUGACUUCGAUCCAAACUGGGAAGAUUUUGAAAGCCAACUUGCGGCGAUCAUUGAUGUCCUGCGUGCAGAAUUUGCUGGCGAAGCUGCAACUGUUGGCGAUGUGCAAGCAAGCCAAUCUCACCCUGACAUCGCUGGCGAAUGGAGUGGGUGCUCAGACGACGAGCAAGAGACAGGAGGAAUUAAAUCAAGUAAUGUGGUGGAAGAAUCGACCAAAGAAGCAGUAUCCGCGCCCAGCUCCAGCUCGAAAAACAAGCCUCAGAAGAAGCAAAAAAACAAGAAAUCUAAGAAGUCCAAGCGUCGUGGCAUGAAUUAAUUUCUGUAUUUUUUUGGUUUUGCUCUCUUUUGCCCGACAAAACGUCAGACAAACUUUUGCCUGUACCGUUGUAAUUCUGGCAGCAUGGCUAGCUCGCUUUCCAGGAUGUUAACGUCAGACAAACUUUUGCCUGUACCGUUGUAAUUUCUUAAGUUUCAUGUCAACUGCAUUUUGGGA